AUGAAUCUAAGUCUGAUCAACGCUUACUUUCAAGUGACGGAAGGGGAAAAAAAUACUAGGAAAUACGCAACAAGGCUUGCAGAAAGGUGGGCACAGUUAUAUCCAGUCAAAGUGUUCACUGGAAAACAUCUAGUAGCACAAGUGAAAAACAUAAAAACUAGAAAACUGCUGUCGCCUGACGAACUGGACGCACUGAGAGCCGAGGUGCUGGCACAGUCUCCAACAGCCAGACUUAGGAGCAUAAGAAGAAGCAUUCAAGGGAGCGCAACCCCACCAAGGCGAGUAUUGGAGCCUGUUGAAGAAGAAGAAAUACAGGGUACGUCAGAGCCAGAAACGGAACAGCCUGCCCUUGAAAUACGCGAGAUCUUUGAGGAAAUUAGCUUGAAAUGGGAAGGGAUAUCACUGAAUAGAAGACCGAAGAUAAGUCGAAUCAAGCUGAGCACAGAAGCAAAAAAAAUCAUGAGAACAAUCAACGCGGCCGUGAGAGAACCGAUUAACAGGUCAACAGGGUUUGAAGAACUAUGUCACAGGGUCUAUUGUGCCGCUAUUGUAGCGAAUCUUAUACUACAGACGAAGCCGAAACAGGAAAACCAGGGAAAACAAACACAGAAGAAACCCCCAUGGGAGGAGAGACUAGAAAAGCGGAUAGCAACAAUAAGAAGAGAAAUAGGAAUUAUUCAUCUCACCUUAAAUAACGGAAAAAUCAGCAGGAAAACGAACAAGAAACUAAGAACAUUCACACAAAAAAUUAACCUAAAAGAAACAGACAAACAGUAUAAGAUAAAAUUACAAAGCCACGUUGAAAAGCUCAAGCAAAAAAUUGCGGCGUUAGGAAAUAGACUGAGGAGGUACCAUAAGAGGACCCAGAGAUUCCAACAAAAUAAUCUAUUCACAAACAACCAAAGAAUGUUUUUCAGAACUAUCAACACACAGAAAGACAUGAAAGCGACCCAACCCCCAAGCCCAGAUACGAUGAAGCAGUACUGGUCGUCCUUUGGUCGACAGAGGUAA